AUGGACAGGGAGACCCCAUCGACACCACCACGGACGCCGGACCACCGAAGAGAUCUCAACCAGCUGCAACCAGAUCAAAUCUGCAUCUAUCAAUCCGAUAAUACCCUAUCUUCCCGGCACACCAUGGACAAACCCAAGACUCUGUAUUAUCACUUAGCAGAGCCUGGUCCAGAGGUAUCGGCUCAUCCAAACAACCUCCAUAUAUACACGGCUGUCGGCCAAUAUCUAGCAUUCACCCUUAUAGCUCUCGGUUCGCCUGGAAAACAACAAGAGAAUAGGCAGGAGGAACGUCUAAAGGCUAUGAAGAACUUAAAGACAUGGGCUAAGGACUUCGAAUCAACAUUGCGUUCUAUCCCAGAAAAUGAACGAUCGGCGUCAUCAGACUACUCGCCUACUUAUGAACCCACCACCUACAAGGGCGUUGAUCAGUCGCCGGCCCUGCCCCGCAAAAGGACACGUCGAACUGCUAUGUGCCAGAUUGGCGAGGGGUCAUUAAGGAAGGACAACGGGCAGGAACCAUCUAAUAACAAGUCGGCAUCCAGGCCACCAGACACGCCUACGCCAACCAGACGAAACACAAGACAAGGAACUAGGCGGAGCCAGCGACUGGCAUUACGGCCGCGCGGAGGAGGCGGCAAGCAGGGUCGGCAGUACUAUACGCAGAAAUAUCUUCUCGGGAUAGUCAGGGGUGGUUUUCUCGACCCAAAGUGCCCGAACAUGGCACUUCACUGCAAGAGCUGUGCUCCCGCCUGCGCACGUCAUCCUGUCGAUCAUAAGGAGCCAUUAGGGGAGGGUGGUGCGCGGGGUAUGCUCUUCCAAGUGACCCUACUUGCGCAUGGCUACACCUUUAUCAGCAAGGGCAUAGUGCAGGCUUUUAUCAGAGAUCUUGAGCACGAGGCUGCUGUCUAUGAGCAUCUUAAACUAAUCCAAGGCGUCCACGUGCCUGUUUUCCUGGGUGCAAUUAACCUUCGAUCGAUAAAUAAGACUUACUACUAUGACCACCGGGUCUACGUGGGAGGCUGCAGCAUUAAUAACGCACAGAGAAUUAGCGACAGCAACAGGUCACUCGAGGACAAGGCCAUUCGGUCCUUAAGAGCCAUGCAUCGAGAGGGCGUGGUCCACAAAGAUGUGCGACUUGCAAACAUGUUAUUCAAUCCUGAGAUCAAGGGAGUUAUGGUGAUCGACUUUGAACGGGCUUUGCUACUCAAGCCGGCUCGGCGUCCGUUGGCGCAGCUGGUGCCGAACAAGCGAGCGUGGAAGUCGGAGACGAUGGAUGCCAAGAAGGCAACCGGUGAUUCAAGCAAGCGAAGUCAGGCAAGUCAAAGCUUUUCAGAGGAUAUUUGGUUGGCAAAGACGGCAUUCUUAGAGUGGAAUGCUGACCGAUGGACACGAGUCGCGAGAGCGCCUUGCUAG